AUGAAACGGUAUUUUGAGUACUUGCAAGCAUAUUCAAAAUUAUAUUACAAUGAUUUUAUGAAAAUCGUAUUAUCAUCAUAUACUACUAGAAAAUUAAAUGUUAAAAAAGAAUUGGAUUUCAUCUUUAGUCAUCUUACUAGUGACAAAAUAGUUGAUACCCCCUUCCUCCUUCAUAUUUAUUGGUGGAAAUAUGCUGAUAACGUUUGGAUCCAAUUACAAUUGGUCGAGACGUUUCCAUCUAUUUUCACAAAAGUUCAACUAGAAGGAUCGAUUAUUCAUGGCAAACUUGAUCAAUGCCUUUUCAUACAAGCAAUUAAUUUGUUAUUACAGAAGAUUUAUGAUGAGGAGGAAUAUGAGCAAGAUCUUGAUAUUCUUUUGUCUCUGGUUUAUAGGAUUAAUGAUACAACUAAUUUGACGAACCUUCCUUUACUACUUGGAUUUGAAUUAGCAAAGUUAAAACCUUAUUUCAAGUAUUCAGUUGAACCUUUUUUGAAACAUGGAGAUCUGGCAUUGCAACAAUUAUCCUCGUUGCAACAAAUAACUUCUAUAGCAUUUCUAAAGGAAUUCGUACAUAAAUUUUGGGAGAAUUAUAUGCAAAAAAACAAUUCUUUAUCUAGAUCAUUAGUCAAAGAGAUCAAUGAUUGCAUGAAAAACAAUCAAUCAUUUAUCCAAUCUUUGAAAUCCUAUUUUUUAAUAGGCAUAAAGCAAUCCGACCAAUUAAAAAAUGUAUUCCCGUGGAUUGAAAAUGAUACCGAUAAUGAAACAACUUACCUUCCGAGACUCUGGGAAUCUACAAAGAUAGCGAAUUUUGAAGAUUUCUAUUCUUUUUAUGAUUGCAACUUUGUUCAAAAAAAUUCCAAUCUGAGCUUGUAUUUCUUGGAUUUUGGUCUGGGUUUAUGGGAUAAUGACAUUAAAGAAGAAGUUGUUAAUCAAUCUUUCCCAACUUGCCUAUUGGCAUCUAAUACAAAUUAUACUUAUGCCUUCAUCGUUAAUGAAAUCAAGAGAAUAAAACCGCAAAUUAAACCGCAAAUUAAACCGGAUAAAAAAAAUUAUGGAAGAAGGCAACGUUCUUCACGAUAG